AUGACUGCCAGCAGAACAACAACAGCCAAUCCAGCAUCCACCCACAUUCUAGAUCUUCCUCCCAGCUGCAGAAGUGAUACUCCUUUGUUCUGUAAUGAAAAAAAAGGGGAUGGUGCAGGUGAUGGUACCAGUACCGGUGUUGGGGCUGGUGGCACUGUUGGGGGUGAGGGCACUGGUGCUGGUGGCACUGUCGGGGGUGGUGGCACUGGUGCUGGUACUGGUGCUUCCUUAGCAGGUGCUGGUGCAGGUGGUGGCUGUUGCACUGGAGUUGGGGAAAUUUGUGGUGGUGUUGAAGCUGGUGGCAAUGCCGGUGGUGAAGCAAUUGGUGGUGACGAUGGUGGCAAUGCUGGUGGUGGCAAUGCUGGUUGCUGUGAUGGACUUGAAAGGGGCGGACUUUGCGGUGUAAUUGUGGGAGGAGUUGCUGCCGCCGUUGGUGGUGGUGUUGCUACAGUUGGUGGUGGAGUUCCUGCAGUUGGUGGUGGUGUUGCUGCAGUUGGUGGUGGUGUUGUAGUCGGCAUAUUAGAAGGUGAAGCAGCAGGUGAUUGUGCAUUGGCAAUGACUAGCAGAAGGCAGAGGCAAGCAAAAAUGGCAUCCCACAAAAAUGAAGCCAUUUGCAGAGGUAGGAACUGGAUGGAAGUACUUGUGAAUUGAAAUUGUAUAUAUAUAUAGACUAAUCCGGGGGUCUAAAAGCAAAAAGGGUUUGGUGAAAUGAAGGAGGAAACUUAGUUUUCAAAGGAAUGCUACAUCUCCUCUAAUGAUUUGUCCAAGUGAUACCUAUCAAAAGGAAAAGCUAGUUGGCUAAAAGGCAUUUGAAUCAGCUUCAUAAGAUGGCUGCCAUUAAAGCCGCAGUAUUCUGAACUUCAUUUCUCUUUUGUACAAAUUGAAAUUGUUGUUUGGGGUGGGUUCAGGAUGAGUAACUUGGAGGAUUUGGAGGGAGCAUUAAUUUUCAAUUACCCGAUUUGGUUCUUGUUAGUCGAGGAUGUUAGAAGGGAGGAAUCAAGUAUAGACCUAAUUUUUGGCAUUAUGCGCUUAUAGCGGGUAUACAACCUCACGAUUAUACUUUUAUCAUUAUAACGGUAAGAUUAUUUUAUUAUGACUUGGAGAUCCUGGGUUUGAGUUGUAGAGACAGUCUUUCUGCUUGUAAGGGUAAAACUGUGUAUAUUUAACCUUCUUCAGGUCCUGCAAUGGCGAGAGGUUUGUGCACAUUGUACGCCUUUUUUACUUUUAUCAUUAC